CUUUGAUGGCUGUUAGGGUCUUGAGACAUUGGUAAACGGGAGGUGAAGAGCAAGAGAUCGGUGACGAGGUGAUGGCCAAAUACCUGAAGAAACAGAAGAGGAAGAAAGGCAAGUCACAGCAGCCCUUAGGGCUGCCUAAGAAGACUAUGCUUUUAGGGGAUAAGGACGAAGUGUGGCAGUGGAGUAUUAAUCAAGAUAUGGACGUUGUUGUGAAGCCCAUUGGGAGAUCUUUCAUCGAGUUGGACAACACGGUCACGGAGUCACAAGGGGUUGAGCUGUUUUUCAACUGUGAUAUGCCCCCUCUCAUUGUUGAAAGGGAAGAAGAGGAGCUGAUAUUUGUGAAGGAUGACAUGUUCCCGUUGACCAGGGACGUUCAAAUACCACACAGCGUUGGUAAGCGACAUAGGAUCUCGAAUCCUUCAGUGUACUCGAAAGACCACAGAGGGCUAUUACCAACACUGCCAAACCUCGUGUAUGAAGAUUAUCCCUUAUUGAGGCCCUUGAAGGCGACAUCGAAAUCAAGCGAGAUCUCCCGAGAUGCCUUUGUGAAGAACUACUUGGAGAAGUUCUUCAAAGCUCUUCGAAGGGGAAUUGACAUGAGUCCAGAUAGUGUGGAGAUGUGCUUUAUUGACAUCAGCACAACGCAGAAAUGUCCUGAGAUACUUGAUCCAUGUGCGCUGGAUCUCAAUAUGUACCUGAUGAUGAUCCAUGACAUGAUAUGGCAUCCUAUGGUUGAUAUUUACAGCCUGUUGGUGUAUCUUGACAAGAAGAUGCUUGACGCCUUCGUCAAGGGUAGCAGGUUUCCACCAGAGUCCCCAACGCUAUCGCCAAGGUGUCCUGUGAAUAUGAAACCGAUUGGGGUGUUAUGCGAUACCGAGUUUGAAUGGGGCAUAUUUGACGACAAGGACGCUUUGAUCAACAGAUUACUAUGCCAUGUGGAAAUCUGCGAACUAGGGCUGGCGAUAGCUGAAGGAUAUGAGCUGUGUAUGGGCUCCAAGGGUGAAUUCAAGGGCAAAGUUGCCGGUGCUGAAUUCACCAAGAGGGAUAACUUCAUGAAGAAGUUCCACAAGUGUGUAUCGAUCUGCCUCAGUUCACAUACGAGAAAAUUCAUAAUGAUGGACUAUAACUGGUGUGGAUGCUUCAUCAUCGAUGACGUAUUAGACGGUGAGAUUGAAGACGUUUCGAAGUUGCUUAGUAACGUCAAGACAAGGCAUUUCACUUUCUCCAACUUCAACAACGACAGCGUAUUAACCAUGAGAAACGUGAUCGGAGCCUUCCUAUACGAAACCCCUGAACAGUCCAUUGAGGAUUCAAAAUUCAUGGCAAAGCUCAACAAAAAGGUCUCAAAGGAAUGGGCCGAGUUCAACUCUAUGGACAGAUCCAAUUUGGUGCUAGCUCAUGACGGUCAACGGAUCAAGAGGUUCAAACCAUCCAGCAUAACGUACACCACGUCUAAUGGACUGGACUUUGAGAAGUACAAGGUUGACUUGGACCGUUCCAUGGUGGGCAUCAUCGCCGUGGGACCACAGUGGUCGUGCCAGACGCUAAUAGUUGAUGGUGCGAAGCUGUUCGUGGACCAAGAUCACAAUCAGAGCAAACCUGGGAACUCGUUGCUAUCGAUAUACGACGAGUAUUACCAGGGAAGCACGGCGUUGAUGUCUGUGAGACACCCGUCCACUCCGAUGUACAAGAUGUCCAACGCCCACGUCGACGGUGUUCUCGAGCUCAAGACCAACGCACUGGACCUCAUACAGAGAUGGAGCACCAACGUGCUCGCCUAUCUGAAGCUCAGCGAGCUGUAUGGCGACUGUAUUGGAAGAGUGCUCAAGUACGGCUAUCUGGAGGACGUUAGCAGCAACGCCGACACGCUGCACUUCAGAGCAGACGGCUACUUCAUCAUGUACGAGCCGAUAACGGAGGUCAACGACGACCUGCUACCAGUCGACACUCACAGCAAAGAGCACUACGAAAUGGCACUGCAAACGCUCCAAAGAAUCCACAGCCACGGCGUCACCUUCAGGCCUAACAUCUCAAUAGGCGACGACAUCUUGAAGCUCGCCCACGGCAAGGUCUACGUCAUCAACCUGGAGAUGUGCUCGCUGAGCACCAACGCCAACGACAGACGGAGGGACGUGGCCGAUCUCCAGCGGGCUUUCAACGUGAAGCACUCUGUAUAACAACACCAUUGUGUAUAA